GUGAGAGAAACAAAGGUUAUCACUGUGCAAACUUGGCGAGCGCAGUCGGUGACCACCGUCACUCCUCGGCAUUCAAAAUAACCCCCCAACAAUUCUUGAAACGUUCUGCUCGUGCGAGCAUCACUAUUUCUCAUGAUGCGAAAACUCGACAGGUGCAGACUUUCCAUGCUCAACCCUCAGUCGAUGUCCAGUGUUCGAUCCUACGGCGGAAAACGAACAAGGUGUAUGCCAUCUCAAGAUGAAGAUCGUCUUCGCAGGCUUGACUCGCUUCGUUGUGCUCUUGAGCAGUGCUGUUGCUCGUAAAGUUGAAUUGAACACUCGUGUUGAGACGAUGCUCCCCGCCAAUUCCACGUCCUCUAUUGUCAACACCACUUCUGAAAUCUCGACUACCUUACGAACUAUCUACACGUCUCCUCCCAAUGCUACUGUCAUGCUUCCUCACAUGUACCUCUUUGAAUUGACUGCCUAUGUCAACAAGACUACAAAACACGCCCAGUAAGCCCUUGGCUCAUGAUCAUCAACACCUGUUCUGUCUCGGUGCACAUUUCUUACCCAAUCACAGCUAUUCUUUCCUUUGGUGGAUUGAGCCUGACUUCGACGCUGUGAGAUGCACGGCCUCAGCUGCAGCCUCUGACGGCAAGCUCGACGAUGUCGUGAAGUCUCAAUGCUGGCAGGACCAACCUGGGUAAAUUAGAACUCGUACACUAGGCUGGAAUUCCCUGUUCCCGUCUAUUUCUGCAGACGCAAGUCUCAGUUCACAAGCACAAUGCUGACGCCUCUUCGCCGUCGCCGUUCUCAGGCUCAAGCCGCCCAACGACACGUCUCUUGCUCACUUCAGCUUCGCGUGGGAGCACGUCUACAACGGCACCGUGCUGAUCCUUCGCUCGACCAACCCAGCCAGUGCUCACCACUGUCCAAGUUUUCCGCACGAUGCGUGUUGGGCCCAGGGUCUGCACUGGAUCAGCCCCAAGAAUAUCAAGUGGAUUGGCGGGGUGCAGCGGUUCGUUGGCGACAGCACUCUUCAGUUCCUGGGAACGUACUGCGAGUCGGGGAUGGAGGAGUGUACUUGGUCUGAGUACCUGUACUAGUGGUGUCCUGGAGUAUUAAGUCGGGUGAUCUGAGGAUGUCUUAAUCAUGUUGUAGCUGAAUCUCUAGAGUGGUCAUGCAACAUUCGCCCUCAGAUUACUGUAAUAGAAAGACAAACUUCU